CGAAAGCUGGGAACUGGUGAUUGCUCCAUUGAAGUCCGCCAGAGCCGGGCUUGGGAGCAGUGCAUGGUGCCCCGCGGAGAGCUGUGGAGAAGUCUUGGGCCUGCCACCCUCCCUACAGGAGUUCUUCCAAUUCUUUAGAUGAAAUAUAAGGGAAAAAGACAAGCAUGGAAAGUGAGAAUACAAAGAAUACACAAGAAAUGAAGACUGACCUGAAGUUACUGUUGGAAUGUCUGAAGUAUCAUAUGGGCAACCCUUUGACACAAAAGGAAGUUUUGAUCACUAUUCAUUCAGUUUGUAAACAAAAUAGUGAUGCGGGUAUUUAUUUCCGGGAAAUUGGUGGUUUGAUGUUUAUAAUAGAUCUUGCAAAGUCAAGUGAGCAUAGCAUGGUAAAAGAAGCAGCCUUAUACACAUUAGGAUCUAUUGCGGAAGAAAAUGUUUACUGUCAGCAAUCGUUGUGUACUUCAGAAUUAUUUCAAGAUUUAACCAUGUUCUUAACUAAUGAUGAUUCAAACACAAAUUUGAAAAGAAUGUCUGUCUAUGUUCUUUUGGUUCUGGUUUCAAACAAUAGGAAUGGACAAACUCUUGUGAGAGAAAUGGGUUGUAUUGAAGUUCUGUCAGAGAUGUUCAAGACAGUUCUUUCCAAUUAUGAGUUGAACUUGUCAGAUAAUAAUGAUUUCCAGAGUUAUCUGUUAUGGUCUUCAGUGUGCAGUACUCUGUGUGUGUGCGUCAACAAUCCUCAAAAUGAUGAGAAUCAACUACUUUGUUGUUCACUUUUUCCAUAUGUAAAUGAAUGGCUAAUGAAUUGCAUGAAAUCUGAGAUAAUUCGACCUAUAUGUUCAUUUAUUGGACUUACUCUUGCAAAUAAUACACAUGUUCAGAACUGCUUUGUGUCUUCCGGUGGACUGGAUGUUUUGUCUCAAGUUCUUGUGCGGCUGGAGUCUGAUUCACACAGUACUUUUUCCAGUGCUAAGCUUGCAGUGGUAGUGAUAAAGACCAUGGAUGCAUGUAUUACUGAUAACUCAGCUGCUUUUGCAGUGAUAUUAUCUAAAUACCACAUCGUUUCUACACUUAUGGCAUUACUGCUACAUGAAAGUCUUGAUUCAGGAGAAAAAUUCAGCAUCAUACUUGCCAUUGGUCACUGCACAGAGGAUUGUGAGAAAAAUCAGUAUGAACUUUUGAAAAACAAUGGACUUCCAAUGAUGAUACAAGCCUUAGUUGAAUUUAAGAAUGAAGACCUAAACAAAGCUGCCACUUACGUGCUUCUCAACUGCAAAAAAAUUACUAGGAAAUUAUCUCAAAGUCUAGGGCAGAAUUCUUUUGGUGAAAAUGAGACAGAACUAAAGGACAUAAAUGAAAAAGAGACUCUUGGAGAACACUGGCAAGCAGCAAAUGAAAUUAUAUGCAGACUGAAACGAUUUGAAAAAGGAAUGAAAGAGCAACAAGAAGAUAGCAGUGAACAUUGUAUGGAUAAUACCCCGUCUAUGAAAGUAAACAUACAGACCAAUUCGAAACAUCUGUGUGGGGAUAGGAUUGGAGGUACCAGAGCAGAAGAUAAGGAUACAAACCAGACUAGACAGCUUCACAGCUCUAAGCCCAGUGGAAUCGUGUCUAAAGCUUGUGCAAAUGAAAACCAACCGAAGACUCUGAUAAAGGACACAAAUCCAGUUAAUCCUCUCUAUAGAGCGAAAGGGCAAGAUAAGAUUUUACCCAAAACCACUCCAAGCUGUGCUCAAAACCUAAACGAAGAAAAAACUUUUGACCAAAGGGAUUCUGUUUCUCAAUCCAGUGACCAUGUUCUUAAACAUCUGACCCAUACUGUCAAAAAUAGAAAGCAGCAGGUACCAGAAACAGAUCCAUUUACCUUGUGUUUAGAUAUAAUAGAUAAAGAAGUUGGUUUUCAAGAAACUGACAACUGUUCCAGAAUGUUAAAAUAUAGAUGCCCAGGUUGCAUAGUAGUAAGAAAACUCCUCAACAGCCGAAAUUUUAGCAAGCUUUUGCACUCUUGUGCAUACCAAUGUGAUCAUCAUAAAGUCAUUAUGGAAGCUGAAGACAAAUAUAAAAAUGAACUAAGGAAAGCAUUUAUCUGUGCAAAAAGAAUUUUGCUGACUCCCUGUAGAAGAAGACAACUUAGUAAAGAAUCUACUGCCUCUGAAGAAAUAAAAAUUGUUCAUCAAAAACAAAAUAGUAAAAAACUUCCAGGUUUGGAAGCACAGGCCUUCAAUACCAGCAUUCCAGAGGCUAAGGAAAGAAGAUCCCCAGUUCCAGGCCAGCAUGGACUACAUAAAAAAAGAAGAAUUCGUAAAAACUUUACCAAGGAAGAAGUAAAUUAUCUUUUCCAUGGAGUUAAAAAAAUGGGAAAUCAUUGGAAUUUGAUUUUGUGGUCUUUCCCGUUUCAGAAAGGAAGAAGGGCUAUAGACCUUGCUCACAAAUACCACAAGCUGAUCAAAGGUCCCAGCUGUGGAGGGAUUCAGUCCUUGGACUCUUAAAAUAGAGUUCCAUAGAAGAUACAAUAUGUUAAAAAUUCUCCUUAACUCUGUGGGAUAGGAAAUGAUGAAACAGAAAUAGUUUAAGUUAAAUGGUUGUUUGUGAUAUAAACUCUUUAAAAUGGUACGAUAAUUUAUAAAGGAAGUGCAUUUUCAGUGUGAAAAUUAGAACUCCUCCGCAAAGCCAAAUGUAAUGUGCCUUUACUUUUCCUUAUGGUCAAAGAACAUCGAUCAGAAGAAAAAAAGACCAGCCUUUAAAACAUCCCUUACCAUGAUAUUGCCACAAAUACUGUAUUUUUGUCCAGUGCCAACGUCCAACUUAGAACUGAAACAAGUUUCUCAAGCUGUUCAGUUAAGGCUUUCACCCAACAAAUAAAUGUUUGACGUUUUGUUAAUUGAAAUGA